AUGGCGCUAUCUCCCUCAAUUCUCACCACGCGGUUUUUCCGCCACAUAAUUCAACGCCAAUUCCCUUCGGCCACCGCAAAGGUGCAAUACACUCCUUCAACAUUGCAGUCCCAAUGCCUCCUCCGACCCUCCACUCUGAAUGCGUUCCAUAAGAGCUUUUCUACCACUUCACAGUUACAAGCGACACUUAAUCAAGUACGACGAGGCUGCCGGUCGGGCCAGAAAGCACGAAAGAAACGAUCGCCGGCUCUUGUAAACCGACCACAGUUGAAGGGAGUGUGUUUGAAGACACAAGUUGAAAAGCCAAAGAAGCCCAAUUCCGGAGAAAGAAAGACUGCAAGGGUUAAGCUUACCAGUGGGAAGGUUAUUACGGCUUACAUUCCUGGUGAAGGACACAAUAUCCAGCAGCACAGUGUGGUUUUGGUGAGAGGGGGACGACUUCAGGAUUGUCCUGGUGUGAAAUAUCGACUUGUUCGUGGAGCAAUGGAUUUGAACGGUGUUGGAAACCGAUUGAGCAGUCGAUCGAAGUAUGGAACGAAGAAACCAAAGGCCUCGUCGUAA